CGACGGUCUUAAGAAGAAAUUCAGUCGCAAGUUUCUUGCUUGCCGAUAGGACUAUCACUAUGGCAUCCAUACAUCUACUUUUCCUGUCAAUUUUAUUGAUGAUUUUAACCGUUCAAUGGGUGAUCGCUGCCGAAUCUGGCGAACAAGGGUACAAUUUGAAAAAAGGACCUGUAUUUUACGAGGCAUUUUACUAUCCGGAGAAGCAGAACCCCGAGCAUGAAAAUCCCGUUUCUCAGAAAAAAGGAGAGCUUUAUCGGGAAACCAUUCCUGAAAGAUCGUUUCAAGUGCCUCUAGGGCUUGAUGAACUUCCCUCCAAUUUCGAUGCACCAGAAGAACUUCUUGGAAGGAUUCCUUCGCGCAGUUAUCGUUCAACUUAUCCUUCCGAAUUCAAACGGAAAUAUCACUUCAAUAACAAUCCAAGUCAUAUAAGUCGAUCCAAAUUCGGAAAUCACUUUCCCAAUUUCGGUGCCACUGAAGUUUUGAAUGAAAUCCGUCCUGGCGAUUAUACCUUGCCAAAUCAAUAUCCUUUCAGAGAAUAUAGUCAACCUCAAUACUCUCAAGAGUACAAUCUUGAUAAUAUCAAAAGGAUCCCGAUAUCACCCAAUACAAUUUAUAUGAACAAUAUAAAUGCGAGAAGUUUCGAACCCAGAGGAAACAAAAAUAUUGCCAGAAGGGAGAACUUCAACUCCCAGAUGGACUUUGACGACGGCUCGAAUUUCCAAGGAAGUUUUGAGAAACCAAUAAACCACGAAAGGAGUACUUUCAGAAAAUAUAGUUCACCACCUGUGACAAAUGCGGUUCUUAGAGAAUUUGAGUACAGAAACCUGCCUACCGACACAAAUAUUCCAGUUGAACGUGACUCUAUGACUGAAGAAUUAUCGAUGAUUUACUCAAGUGCCAAUUUGGAUCAGCAAAAUUUGGAAUACGAUAGACUUCGAGGUGUCCCAGAUGCCAGAAUGGAGAAUAUCUACGAGCCCCGUCCUCAGGUGAUCAGGUACGUGUUUUCAAUUCCAAGAAAAAAUAAAAUCGAGAGAUUGGAGAAGACUCGAGAAGAAAGGACCAAUCUCAUCAAUGACGAGGUUCCAAAUGAAGGGGAUGCUGGUGCUAAAAGAGAAGCUGGGAUCGCAUCUAUCGAAGUGAGUGAAGUACCUCGUCACAAAAUUCGCCACCAUCACGGGGAGAGACCAAAGCGCAAUUACGAGCCUGUGGGAAAAAAAGUUUAUUAAAAGAUAAAUGAACCAGAUGCAGUUUUUUUCCAAACAAUGUUAUCGCGAAUAGGAGAAUUGAUCUGCCACUGGCUAGAGCUAUCCUGAAAUAUUUUUUAAUAGGACUUUCAAAUCUCUUUGGAAGAUAUUUGAACGUUUUUAUAAUUUAGUGAUAAAUGUGUAGAUAGGGAAUUGCCUUUCUGUAAUUAAAGUUAACCUUUAUCA